GCAAGUCAAAGCGUUACGAAAUAUUUCUGCGACUUGAAGUUCUCACAUGUCCUGCUUUCUGAAGCAACUAAGAGCAAAUAGACCUGAGAUACCUUUACAUUACUGCUCCACAAGUGAGAUGAAACUGGAACUGUCACGAGUGGUACAGGGAUGUCGUUUGGGGGUUUUGACUGGAUUGGGAAAAUCAGGGCAGCACUCACUAGAGUUGCCCGGCUGUCUCCUGUACACUCGCUGUGCAACUGUUCCCCAUCUGACCCAGGACACAUUACACACUUUAAGAGACCUGCCUUCAGUCACACAAGUGUCUGUGGAUAGCCUUGCAGAGCAUCAAGAGGUUCUGGAGGAAUUCAAAGAGGGUGUCAGAAAGUUUGCAGGUCUUCAUGAUACGGUGCUUUUCAGCUCUUUGCAUGAUUCUGCUAACACCAGCCCUGCCGGUCACGUCACCAACAAGACAGUGUCAGUGUGGGGCAGCGGUGGAAGGAUAGAGCUGACGACGGAUCGCUUCAUGGCGAUUCAGGCAGCUAUUCAGCCGGACUGCUAUCAGAGCAUGGCGGACGGAGAGACCUGGCAGGCCAAUACUUCUCGCAAGAGAGUCCGUAAAGCAGUGGACAGGACUCUGGCCCAUCUGGAUGAAUGUCUGGUGUUGCACCAGAAAUCACAGGCAUUAAAACAGGCAGAGAUAUUUGGGGUUGUGGAGGGUGGAGACAUUAUGGAGGAGAGGCUCCGGUCGGCACGAGAGACUGCCAAGCGUCCUGUGGGCGGGUUUGUGCUGGAUGGAUUUUAUUCUGCUGCCAUGGACCAGGAUGUGAGGGCUCAGCUGAUUAGAGCGACAUCUGCAGAACUUCCCCAAGAAAAACCCAGGUUUUUGUUGGGGAUUGGCCGUCCUGAUGAGGUCAUCAGCUGUGCUGAAGCAGGAGUCGACCUGUUUGAGAGCUUCUUCCUCCAGGUGACAGAGCGGGGUUGCGCGCUCUUCUUCGACUACACCAUUGAUCCCGACCCUGAGACAGCAGGUACAUCAGCUCCUACAGUGCUGGAUCUCAAUGGAGAGAUUCCUGCUGUCAAGAAGCUGAAUGGAAAUGGAGAUACAAAUAUGACACCUUUCGAAAUGAACCUCAAAGAUAAAAGGUAUCAAGAUGAUUUCCGCCCACUUGUGGAGGGCUGUGGCUGCUACUGCUGUAAGAAGCACAUGCGAGCAUAUGUUCAUCAUUUACUGGUGACCAAUGAGCUGCUUGGUGGUGUUUUACUCAUGCUGCACAACAUGGCACACUAUCUAGGCUUUUUUAAAGCACUGCGGGAGGCAAUAGCCAGUGAACGUCUGCAGGACUUUAAAAAUAGAGUGCUUCAGUGCAGAGAAGGUGAUUGAAAUGAUUGAAGGACUUCAGGCAACAACAACAACAACAAAAAAGAAUGAACAAAAGAACCCCUACAUCAGAGCAUACUUAGGGCUUUGGUUUCUGAGUAUGUGGUCUCAUGAAUGUAAAGCUGGAUUCUGAAGCACAUGGUCUCUUGCCAUGCAAAUUAUCAGACAAAUAGUGCUACUGUGAGUGAAACAGGUCAGGAAACCUUUUAAAAUUCACAUGGCUCAUCUCAGUUCUCUUAUGGAUUUUAAAAUUGCCGUUUGCAGCAUCAAAUGAACCAUUUCACUUAGAAGGAGCAUAAAUAAUGGUGAAAUUAUCUUUUUAAAGGAGCGGCACUUGCUCAAAUUAUCACUUUUUCAAUUCCUGGAAAAUGACCUGCUGUUUUGCUCAGCACAUAUUUUUCUGAGGAGUUACACAUUUAAUCUCGGAAAAUGCUGAUUUUUUUUUCUUUCUUUCAUAUAAUAAUGUUUUUUUAGAACAAUAUUUAUUAUUGUGCAUUGUUUAGAUUCUGUUUUGCCCUUAUGUUAAGUUAGAAAAAAAUCUUUAAAACACAAUGAAAAUCUAGCUGACUUUUUUUGUAUUAGUUUUUCCGAUCUUUACAUUCCUAUUCCUUAUGUACUUUUAACUUUGCAAUAAAUGUACGGUAUGGUGUCUGUAAA